AUGUCGCUCUCUGUGUCGGAAACGCAUGAAGUGCCGGGGCGGCGGGAAACGGUGGUUGGGAUGCGCCGUGAGUGGAAUUUUUCCCUUACUUUUGUCCACCAGGCCGCGCGUGUUGUCAUGCAGCUCUCGCCGCAGUGGGAGAGUACAUUUAUUGAUCCACGUGACUUUGAGCAGCUCAAUCGUCUUGACCGCGAUGUGAAGCACUGCCCCAUGAUGCCGGCGCUGCGCUACACGGACCUCAGUGCCGUCAUGAAACCGAAAAACGAGCUCUGGACGGAGAUACCAAAGCGUGUCUCCAUCAUGUACUCGCACAUUCCCCCAGACAUGACGUUGGCGGCGUACUGCAUCCGGAGUGUACAGCAUGUCCUCUCCGACCCACACGUCGUUUCUGUUGAUGGCUCCACUGACUUGUUGCACCUGCGGGUGGGCGGCAAACUUCGUUGUCCGCAUCGGCUUGGCGGUCGCCGCAGCUUCCAGUUCCGCUACCAUGUCUCCGUGAAGUCAAAGCUCAUUAAGGACAUGGUGUAUGCGAUCGGGACGAUCAUCAACCAACGCGGGUAUCUUUGCACGGUGCAGUGCUCCGAGGAGGAGGAGCUCGAGGGGUACUUAAAGAAGAACUUCUUGCCGCAGUUCACCAACCCAGACAAGUUUGCCGUUGACCAGGACGUGGAGUACGAGGAGAUGACAUCAACGAUUCUCAAGGAGCAGCAGGAGCUUUUUGGUGAAUUGCACUAC